AUGAUCGUGACCGUGACUCGUGAGUCCGUGAGGCGUGACUCAGUGAGAGAUGAGAGUGAGACCGAGUCGAGAGAGACAGAGAGCGAGAUCCGAGUGAGGAGUGACUUAAGCGAGGACCGAGAGAGUGAGAGAGGAUGCGAUCACACACGCGGACGCCGGACGCCUAGACGCAGCCGAGCCGGUGACGCUAAGGAGUUAGGCGACGGAUCCUCAACAGCAAACCAUAUAGUGUACCCAAAAGCUGACAUAUCUCUGCAGCGUGCUUUAUGGACGAACAAAAUCAUAGAGGAGGGGAAGGCUGAGGCUGCAGGGAAGACGGUGGGAAGGGAAGUUGAUCGUGAUCAU